AUGGAAGUUGAAGAUGUCCCCUUCAGUGUGUCUUUACCUCUGCUGGGAGUUGGAGCCUUUACUCUGCUGCUUAGUUUCUGCUUUUGCUGCUAUUUAUGGAAGUUAAAAAGAAAUGCUUUGCAAGAUGAGCAAGGAUAUGUUGUGAAAAAAUUUACCUUCUUAAACAGACAUCAGCAAAAUGAUACUUGCCCUGUGUGCCUUGAUGAGUUCAGAUCAGGUGAAAAAUUAGCAAUUUGUCGAUGUAAACAUGGCUUCCAUUCGAGAUGUUUAUUGUUGUGGCUAGAACAAAGAAAUACUUGCCCCCUGUGCAAAGCACCAGUGCGAGGUGCAGCUGGAGAGAGAACAGGUUUGGUUCGCCAGACUUCUUCAGUUUGA